AGAAAGCCGUGACACGUGACCACCCCUCCUGCGAUAAGUGUCCCACAUAAAAUUUGCCCUCGCCCCUCCGUUCACUACUGUCGAAGUAGCAUCCUAUCGUCGGGCUCGCCCUCGUUUUCCCGUCCUUCGUGCGUAUAGCGCAUCUUUUCUUUCACCUCGUUCCUUUCGAUUCAAAAGUUUUUCACUUGCCCAAUAUGGCGCCUUCAAAGUGGGAUGAAGAGGAGGAUAGCGUUUCGCCUCCCCCUCCCGUUGUCCGCCGCAGAUUCGACGAUGAGGAAGAAGAAGAUGUCCUCGACUCAUGGGACGCCGCUGAAGAUUCCGAGGUAGAGCGCGAGAAGGCAAAGAAGGCCGAAGAGGCCCUCGCAAAGGCCAAGGCCGCUGCCGCCGCCAACAAGAAGACCAAGGCCCAGCGGAUAGAGGAGCACCGCGACCAGCGCCGACGCGAGGCGGAGGAAGAGAGCGACUUCGACGAGGACGAGACCGAGGCCGAGCGCCGUGAUCGUCUGCGCCGCACCGAGAAGGAUGCUGACCUGCAGCACGCCUCGGACCUUUUCGCCGACAUCGACAUGAACCGCAACCGCGGUGCCCCCAAGGCCGUCGUCAUCACCGACAGCGCUAACCCUACCAAUUCCAUCGAUCUCUCCUCGAUGCCGCUCUUCAAGCCUACCACCAAGGACCAGUUCGCGCGUCUGACCGACGUCCUUAUCCCUCUGCUCUCCCCGCAGUCCAAGAAGCCCCACUACGCUCUGUGGGCGCAGGACUUUGCCCGCAAGCUCGUCAAGGAGUUGCCUAGCCAGGACAUCAAGAAGAUUGCCAGUGCUCUGACCACUGCCAGCAACGAGAAGAUGCGUGAGGAGCGUGCCGCUGAUAAGGGUAACAAGAAGACUAAGGCUGCUAAGACCAAGGUCUCCCUUGUUUCCAACCGUGAUAACCAGAUCGAUAACACCGCCUAUGAGGAAGACGGCCUCGGCGAUGACGAUUUCAUGUAAUGCACGAAACAAUGAUUUUCGCUUUUCAUUAUCCUUUUCCCUUUUUUCUUUUCCUUCGAUCUUUCCGUUACGGAAUCGUUCUCUGUUUUCCAAAUUCUGCUGUGAAUUUCUCCCUUGUCCUUGGAUGUGUGACCCUUGAACAUACCCACUCCAAUAAGAAAGAGUGGUUUUCGUCUGAUGGAUCUCUCUUUCUCAAAGAUUCUGGGACAUCCCCCUUUUCUUUUUGCCUGCCAGCUUCCUCGCUUCAUGCGCCCUCCUCUGAAUACCAACAUGUAUAUCCCUCCCUCCUCAACCCACGUCAAAAUUUUGCAUGAGCCCAAACCAAGUAUAGAACAAAUGAACAUGAAAUUCCCAAUAGACUUCCCUCCCUCAUGAAGAGUGGGGGACGUAUACACGUAUCGUCUGGACACAAUCAUUGGACCGCACGCAAUACACACUAGACAGAUGAAUUUCAGAAUCCUCG